AUGAGCGUGUAUGCAGUGACCACAGCUAGACCAAAUGUGUGGACUUGGUCAAGUCUCAAUGCAGAUCAGAUACGAGCGGUCAUUGGAGAAGUCGAGGACAUGUGUACCGGAAACUUUAUCGGAUACAACCGUAGUUUCGCCUUACUUAAGGAGGUCAGUGUUGAUCCGAAAUUUGGGCAUGGCAGAAAAGGUGGUGAACACUUAUCUGACGUCAUAAAUCAGACAGAAGAUCUGGAAUAUCAUACUUUAGAAAGGGGUUACUUCAAACUGCGCUGUCGAGAAAGUAAUCCAUACCAUUUCAAACAGACGAGCCAUUUAAAUGACUGGUUUAAUGCACUAGAAUUUUAUAAUCAGUCCACCAAAAUGAUAUCUACUCAACAACGGUUUGAUAAGACAGCAAUCACAAUAAAGCGGUUUGAAUACGCAAAUCUAUAUCACACAAUGACGGACUUUUACAACGCAUUUCGUCGCAUACACCAAGUGCCAUUUCUGGAGGAAUUUAAAAGCUUCUUUCUCUCAAGACACUCUGUACAUUUCAAUGACGCACUCGACUGUGAUAAUCUGACGGUAAUACUCCUUUUACGCAAAGACUAUUUAGCUCAUCCUAGAAACCCAUCAGGAUCAGUAAGCAGAAAAAUAGCAAAUGAUAAACAACUGAUACAAAAACUUAAAGAGUUAUUGCCUCGUCAUAAUGUUUUAAGUUCUCAAAUUGAUCUCCUCUCCAUGAAAGACCAGUUGAGUCUAAUAUCUAGGACGGACAUACUGAUUGGCAUGCAUGGUGCCGGCCUAACCCACACAUUGUUCCUACCCAAACAUGCCGGCUUGGUCGAGUUAUACCCGAACUACUGGCCCACUGCAAAUGAACACUUCCAAGCCAUGGCACGCUGGAGAAACCUCAAAUACUUUCAGUGGCAAAAUGCUGAUCCGUCUAAUGAACGUGCAAAUAAUUUUACUGUCAUUAAUACAACUGAUGUUGUGGAAAUGGUGAAGAAUAUCCAUGCUUUGAUGUGCAACUGA